AAAAGUUACAGUAAAUGAAUAAAUCGAAGUAAAAAAAGAAGAAUAAGGAGAAUAUGAGAAGAAGAAGAAGAGGAAGAAGCAAAAUACAGAAGUACAAAACCCACUGAGAUUUUUGCCCAUGCACAAAGAAGCCACGGAACCAUUCCACAGUCAGUCAGUCGACAGCUAUCAGUGCUUGUGGUAACAAAUUUCAAUUUCUGGUACCAAAUGAAACAGAAAAAAACGUAGCAUUUUCAGUAGCUCGUUUAAAUAUCGGAGUGCAUGUCAUCAACAUUUUGAACAACAAUUUUUUUCCUCAAUAAUUCUUCUUUUUGUGACUCUUUGUAUUUUAUUCAAUGUAAUAUAUUCGAAAUUAAUUUUACACGAAUAUGCUAAAAAAAAUUCGUUGAUAUUGGUUUCUUGUUGUUGUUUAUUGCGACAAUAUUUUGCGGGCUUUCGAGAUUUGAAUUAUUUACGUUAGUGAUUAACCGUUUCGUGGUAACAUAGCUAUCAAUUUACCGUUUUCAUUCCGACGUUUGGAUUAGUUUUCAAUUCAAAUUCAUCACCGUGCUGAGAUACAGUUCGCAUUUCACUUGAAUGAAUCAUAUUACGUAUAAUUUUUUUCUUUGGCUUUGGUGCAUCGAAACUAAUCGUCGACAAAAUAUAUUCGAACAUUGAACCUUUUUCUUUCCAAAAGUGAACAUUUUCUAUCUUGGACUAAAAUUCUUAAAUUGAUUCUUAUAAAAAUGGAUUACUUAGGUGCUUUAUCAAAAGUUUUAACAGUUUAUACAAUAUUCACAAUAUGUGUAUCAUCAUUGGUACAUUCGUCAGUGAGAUCGAAAUCGAUGUGGUCCACAUAUCCAACAGAACGAUGCACAACUGAUACAAAACUUAAAUAUCUAUCCGGAAACGCUCUCACCGACGAUGUCAACUGUAUUGGACCCAAUAAUGCACCAUAUCCAAGUGCAACCAUUCAAAAAGUGUACAGCCAUUGGUCAAGCGGAGCAAGAAAAGGACGAAUGAAUGGACAAAUUCCACCAACACUUGAUCCAUCACUCACACAAAGCAUGCUAAUGAAUUCAUAUUCACUGGCCAAUCAUGAUGUUCAUAGUUUAGCUGUUCGAAAUGCCCGUGCGUUAACUUCCGUGGAAAAAUGUAAUGCAACGCCGGCACGUCUCUGUAAAACACGCUAUAAUACUACGGCGCCAAUGUACGGCGUUAGUUUAACAUCGGGUCAACCUGUGACAAUCGUGCAAAAAUUCCCAGAUUUAUUGCAGCAAGUGGUGUUUGAAGUGUGCGAAUCUUCCGAGUGUGAUGUUGUCCGUGGUGAAUGCACACAAACCUAUGUUCCGUAUUUGUUUUUGGUGAUUCCACUAGGACCCGUCACAUUAACCGGCCAAGAUUAUGUUCUUGUUGAGAGUGGAUGCGUGUGCAAACCAAAAUAUGCUGGAGAUGCCACAGCCGAUUCAAAGCCACCAACAUCUUAGUUUAGCCCCAAAAUUCAUUCGUCUUCAAUCAAGCCACGAAGAAGAGAUUUAUUCGUUUGUCUGUUUUUCUUUCUUUCUCUUUUCCAAUCCAAAUACAAAAAAUUGCACACAUGCAUAAAUUAUUCAAAAUACAAUGUGAUGAUGGAUGAUUUAUGAUGAAAUAAAUGUCAAUAUUGGAAAAUGAAUGAUUGCUCGUAACGGCCAAUUUUUUUAAUCGUACAGUUUCAACAAUAUUCUUUCGAUUAUAAGAGAAAAAAUGAACAUAAAAUUCAAAUUGAAUAAAAAAAAAGUGUUGUCAAUAGUUAGAAAUGAUUUUGUUUCUCAAAUGAAAUAUAUAUUGCGCCCCAUUAUUUUAAUGUAGUCAUAUUGCGAUUUUCACAUUUUAAUUUAAAACCAUCUAUUUAUUUAGUAAUACUAAUUUUAAUUCUCUUCGAAACGAUUUGAAUAUAUUUAUAUACACACACCGAUUUCUUUUUUAUUAUUUAACUUGUAUGAAGGGCAAAAGUGAAAUCAAAAAAUGUAACUACCUGAAAAGACGUAAAUUUUAUUUGGAAAUUAGCGAACAAGCAAGUUGAUUUAAGUUUUAAUCAAGGAAGUAUAAUUUGAAGCCCGCUAAAAGAACAGAGAACAAAAAAGCAUUUAAGCAUUAAUGUAUAAAAGUUGAAUAAAUUUUGUAUUUAGUUAUAUCUUAAA